AUGAUGUCCGGCAGCACUGCAGCUCAAGAUGAGAGAAUCAGCUACAGCGCAUUCUAUCCCAAGACCUUCCUGUUCUCACUCUUCGUCGCAGCCUACAGCCACCGCCGUCGGUCGCUCCAACUCUCGGGGGCAGUGACUGCCAACCUGAUCGGCUACCUUACCCUCGCGAAUCCCAACCCGAUUUUCGGCGGCGCACUGCUCUCCUUCUUCACUUUGGGAACAAUCGCGACGAAAUAUAAACAAAAGAUUAAAGCGGGUCUGGUCGAUGAAUCCGAGCAAGACUGUGUGCCAUCCGAUCAGCACCAUCACCAUAUCAGCAAGAACGAUAAGACGAACAAGCUGCAGACUGGCGGUCCAUCACCCACACCAACCGGCCAUCCUCGUCCCGCUGGUAGGGACUGGAAACAAGUACUCUGCAAUGCCUGGUUUGGUACCCUUUGUGCACUCUCCUAUGCUUUCUUCGACCCUCUUUCUAGGCAUGAGCUACUACUAGGAAGCUCUUAUGACAAUCCGUUCGAGAUUGGCCCACUCCGAAAGGCACUAGUCUCUGCUUCUCUUGCAUACUGGGCUGGCUGUGCAGGCGACACGGUCAGCAAUAAAGAUUUAAUCCUCUGGAGUGUGUGA